CCCGCCCCGCGGAUGCUCCGGGGCAGCGGCGGCCGCGGUACCGUGCGGGGCCAUGGCGGCCCCGGACAGCUGCGUGAAGGUGGCCGUGAGGAUCCGUCCUCAGCUGCCCAAAGAGAAGAUAGAAGGAUGUCACAUCUGUACCUCAGUGACACCUGGCGAGCCCCAGGUGCUGCUGGGCAAGGACAAGGCCUUCACCUACGACUUUGUCUUUGACCUGGACACGUGGCAGGAGAGGAUCUACACCACGUGCAUGGGGAAGCUCAUCGAGGGCUGCUUCGAGGGCUACAAUGCCACUGUGCUGGCCUACGGGCAGACUGGAGCAGGGAAGACCUACACCAUGGGCACUGGCUUUGACAUGAGCAUCUCUGAGGAGGAGCAGGGCAUCAUCCCCCGGGCCAUCAGCCACCUCUUCAGCGGCAUCGAGGAGCGGCGGCGGGCGGCGCAGAGCCAGGGCCUGGCAGCGCCCGAGUUCAAAGUCAGCGCCCAGUUCCUGGAGCUGUACAACGAGGAGAUCCUGGACCUGUUUGACAGCACCCGUGACCCCGACUCGCGCCACCGCAAAUCCAACAUCAAAAUCCACGAGGAUGCCAGUGGGAGCAUCUACACCACGGGGGUCACCUCACGCCUCAUCAGCUCCCAGGACGAGCUGAUCCAGUGCCUAAAGCAAGGAGCUCUUUCCCGCACCACGGCCAGCACCCAGAUGAACGUGCAGAGCUCCAGAUCCCAUGCCAUCUUCACUAUUCACCUGUGCCAGACAAGAGUGUGUGCCCGCCCAGAGCUGGUGAAUGAGGAGGUGAGCAGCCUUCUGGAUGGAUCCCAACCUGCUGCUGAGUACGAGACCUUGACAGCCAAGUUUCACUUUGUGGACCUGGCUGGCUCGGAGAGGCUGAAGCGGACGGGUGCCACGGGCGAGAGAGCCAAGGAGGGCAUCUCCAUCAACUGUGGGCUGCUGGCCUUGGGGAAUGUCAUCAGUGCCCUUGGAGACCAGAGCAAGAAGGUCGUGCACGUGCCCUACCGUGACUCCAAGCUCACCCGUCUCCUGCAGGAUUCCCUCGGGGGCAACAGCCAAACCAUCAUGAUUGCCUGUGUGAGCCCCUCUGACCGGGAUUUCAUGGAGACCCUGAACACGCUCAAGUACGCCAACCGCGCUCGCAACAUCAAGAACAAGGUGGUGGUGAACCAGGACAAGACGAGCCAGCAGAUCAGCGCCCUGCGCGCCGAGAUCGCCCGGCUGCAGAUGGAGCUCAUGGAGUACAAGGCAGGCAAGCGGGUGAUCGGGGAGGAUGGCACGGAGGGCUACAGCGACCUGUUCCGGGAGAACGCCAUGCUGCAGAAGGAGAACAGCGCGCUGCGCAUGCGUGUCAAGGCCAUGCAGGAGGCCAUCGACGCCAUCAACAGCAGGGUCACCUACCUCAUGAGCCAGGAGGCCAACAUGAUGCUGGCCAAAGCAGGUGAUGGGAACGAAGCCAUCGGCGCCCUGAUCCAGAACUACAUCCGGGAGAUUGAGGAGCUGAGGACGAAGCUGCUGGAGAGCGAGUCCAUGAACGAGUCCCUGCGGCGCAGCCUCUCGCGGGUCUCUGCGCGGGGCCCGUUCCCCGUGGGCUCCUCACCGGGCCCGGGCCUGGCCGGGCUCUGCAGCCCCGCGGCUGCCCUGGACACUGAGGCCUCCGACGUGCUCCGAAGGGCCAAGCAGGACCUGGAGCGCCUCAAGAAGAAAGAGCGGCGGCAGCAAAGGAAGAGCCCAGAGAAGGAGGCGUUUAAGAAGAGGCAGAAACUGCAGCAGGACAAUGGGGAGGAGACGGAUGAGAAUGAGGUGGAAGAGGAGGAGGAAGAACAGGAUGAGAGUGGCUGUGAGGAAGAGGAUGGGCGUGAGGAUGAAGAUGAGGACUCGGCCAGUGAAGAAAGCCUGGUGGACUCGGACUCAGAUGCAGAGGAGAAGGCUGUGAAUUUCCAGGCUGACCUGGCAGAUCUGACCUGUGAGAUUGAGAUCAAGCAGAAGCUGAUUGACGAGCUGGAGAACAGCCAGCGGCGGCUGCAGACCCUCAAGCACCAGUAUGAGGAGAAGCUGAUCCUACUGCAGAACAAGAUUCGAGACACGCAGCUGGAGCGGGACCGGGUCCUGCAGAACCUCAGCACCAUGGAGUGCUACACUGAGGAGAAAGCCAACAAGAUCAAGGCAGACUAUGAGAAGCGGCUGAAGGAGAUGAACAGGGACCUGCAGAAGCUGCAGGCAGCCCAGAAGGAGCACGCUCGCCUGCUCAAGAACCAGUCCUACGAGCGGGAGCUGCGCAAGCUGCAGGCAGAGGUGGCCGAGAUGAAGAAGGCAAAGGUGGCGCUGAUGAAGCAGAUGCGGGAGGAGCAGCAGCGGCGCCGGCUGGCCGAGACCAAGAGGAACCGGGAGAUCGCGCAGCUCAAGAAGGAGCAGCGCCGGCAGGAGUUCCAGAUCAGGGCUCUGGAAUCUCAGAAGCGACAGCAGGAAAUAGUGCUGCGGAGGAAAACCCAGGAGGUGUCGGCGCUGCGCCGUCUGGCCAAGCCCAUGUCCGACAGGGUGGCGGGCAGGGCGGGCCCAAAGCCGCCCAUGCUGGACUCGGGCGCCGAGGUCUCGGCCAGCACCACCUCCUCCGAGCCCGAGAGCGGCGCUCGCUCCGUCUCCAGCAUCGUGCGCCAGUGGAACAGGAAAAUCAACAACUUUCUGGGAGACUCCUCAGCUUCCAUUAAUGGGGCUCGGCCUGCCAGGAAGAAGUUCCCCAAGAAGGGGUCGAGCCAGACCUUCAGCAAAGCCGCCCGCCUCAAGUGGCAGUCGCUGGAGCGGCGCAUCUUCGACAUUGUCAUGCAGAGAAUGACCAUUGUCAACCUCGAGGCAGACAUGGAGAGGCUCAUCAAGAAACGUGAGGAGCUGUCACUGCUGCAGGAGGCAUUGCUGGGCAAGCGGGCAAAGCUGCAGGCAGAGAGCCCCAAGGAGCAGAAGGGUCUGCAAGAGCUGAACGAGGAGAUUGAGGUGCUGGGGGCCAACAUUGACUAUAUCAACGACAGCAUUUCAGACUGCCAGGCCACCAUCAUGCAGAUUGAGGAGACCAAGGAGGAGCUGGACUCCACAGACACCUCGGUGGUGAUCAGCUCCUGCUCCCUGGCCGAAGCCCGGCUGCUGCUGGACAACUUCCUGAAAGCUUCCAUCGACAAGGGGCUGCAGGUGGCCCAGAAGGAGGCGCAGAUCCGGCUGCUGGAGGGGCGCCUGCGGCAGACAGACGUGGCCAGCUCCUCACAGAACCACGCCCUGCUGGACGCCCUGAGGGAGAAGGCUGAGUCCCACCCCGAGCUGCAGGCACUGAUCCACAAUGUCCAGCAAGAGAAUGGCUACACCAGCACAGAUGAGGAAGUUUCAGAGUUCAGCCUGGCCUCAGAUGGCAGCGUCUCCCAGUCUUUCACCAUGAAGGGCUCAGCAAGCCAGGAUGACUUCAAGUUCAAGGGAGAGCCCAAGCUUUCGGGGCAGAUGAAGGCAGUGUCAGCUGAGUGUCUGGGACCCACGCUGGACGUGUCCACCAAGAACAUCACCAAGUCCUUGGCGUCCCUCAUGGAGAUCAAGGAGGACGGGAUCGGCUUCUCCAUCCGGGACCCCUAUUACAAGGAGAAGGUGUCCCGCACCAUCAGCCUGCCCACCCGGGGCAGCACCUUUCCCAGGCAGUCCCGGGGCUCGGACACCUCCCCCCUGACCCGGCGGAAAUCCUACGACCGUGGGCAGCCUGCCAGGCCUGCAGACAUUGGCUUCACACCGCCCUCCUCCCCACCCACCCGUCCGCGCAACGACCGCAACGUCUUCUCCCGUCUCACGAGCACCCAGAGCCAGGGAUCUGCCUUGGACAAGUCUGAUGACAGCGAUUCCUCUGUCUCGGAGGUGCUGAGGGGCAUCAUCAACCCGGUGGGUGGCACCAAGAAUGCCCGGACAGCCCCUCUGCAGUGUGUCUCAGUGGCAGAGGGGCACACCAAGCCUGUCCUCUGCCUGGAUGCCACCGAUGAGCUGCUCUUCACCGGUUCCAAAGACCGCAGCUGCAAGAUGUGGAACCUGGUGACAGGCCAGGAAAUCGCCUCUCUCAAGGGCCACCCCAACAAUGUGGUCUCCAUCAAGUACUGCAGCCACACGGGGCUGGUGUUCACCGUGUCCACGUCGUACAUCAAGGUGUGGGACAUCCGCGACUCCGCCCGCUGCGUCCGCACGCUCACGUCGUCUGGCCAGGUGAUCUCUGGGGACGCGUGUGCCGGGACCAGCAGCCGCACGGUCACCAGCGUGCAGGGCGAGCACCAGAUCAACCAGAUCGCGCUCAACCCCGCGGGCACCGCGCUCUACGCGGCCGCCGGCAACACCGUGCGCGUCUGGGAGCUCAGCAGGCUGCAGCCCGUGGGGAAGCUGAGCGGCCACAUCGGGCCCGUGAUGUGCCUGACAGUGAGCCAGACACCCAGCAACCACGACCUGGUGGUCACAGGCUCCAAAGAUCACUAUGUCAAGGUGUUUGAGAUCACAGAGGGCAUGGUGGGCAAUAUCAGCCCCACUCACAACUUCGAGCCCCCUCACUACGAUGGCAUCGAGUGCCUGGCCAUCCAGGGAGAUGUCCUCUUCAGUGGCUCCAGGGACAACGGCAUAAAGAAGUGGGAUCUGGAGCAGCAGGAACUUAUCCAGCAAAUCCCCAAUGCCCACAAAGACUGGGUCUGUGCCCUGGCCUUCAUCCCCGGGCGCCCCAUGGUGUUGAGCGCGUGCCGAGGAGGCGUCAUCAAGGUCUGGAAUGUGGACACCUUCACCCCAGUGGGGGAGAUCAAGGGCCAUGACAGCCCCAUCAAUGCUAUCUGCACCAACUCCAAGCACAUCUUCACUGCCUCCAGCGACUUGACAGUGAAGCUCUGGAGUGGGAGGAGGUUGCCUGCGGGGUCAAACUAGGAACUGCACAAAGACUGGAAGGCGUGGGCAGGGUGAAGGGCAGGGCACCUCCCCCUGCUCUCAGGACUCAGCCCAGCACAGGGCUUUCUUUGUGCCUGACCCAACGGGGUGGACAAUGCUGCAUCUGGUACUCUGAGCACUGUCAGCUCCUGUGAGGAAGCAGCUCUGUGGGGCAGCAGCAGCUCCAGCUGCCCUCCUGCUGAGGUUUCUGAUGGUUCUCCAGUGAACAGGAAAUGUUUCAUCUCUCACCCAUCCUGCUGUAAGGACUUUGGGGGUCAGAGGUCCCUGACUCUUCAGAGACACCCAGCUCCCUCCUGCCAUGGCUCUGCCAUGCUGUGCUGCUCCUGGGCUGGUUCCUGCAGGAGUCUUCUCCACUCCACGAGGACAUUUGGUGUCUGCUGGCCAGGACCACAACACAGAGGAUGCUUUUCUGGAGCCAUUACUUGCGAGACACCUCUGCUGUGAGGACUGCAGAAGGAUUUCCUGGUACUCCCAGCCUUCCCUUUCCUGUGUGGACAUGUCCCCAGUAGUUGGAGGGUGCACUCUGAGCUCCUUUGCCAUGUCCCAUCUCGUGAGGCACAGCAAGCCUGGGAUGUUCUCCAUUGGGCAGCUUCCAGACAGACCUGCUGCAGUUCCUUUGACACUCUCCAAACCCCAGUUGUAAACUCAGCUGCCCCCUGGCUCUGGGCUCUUCCCCACAUGCCCAGCCUGCUCAGCCCUGCUCUGGACAUCGUGACCCCACCAGGGCUUUGUGCUGGGUUCCUGCAGCAGUUAACUCCCUUGAGAUGGAGAAAUGAAGCAAGAAUGGAGGUUACAGGGCAAAAAGGCCAAGGCUGGAUUUGGCACCCCACUGCUGUGGCUCUGUCUGUCCUUCCCUUGGGUUCUGCCCUCAGACUCUGCCUGGACUGGAGCUUGCUCAGGCUGGGCCUGCACGGACCCAAGGCUGGAGAGGAGCCAGCAAGGCAGGAGCAGCCCGAGUCACUGUGGCAGGAGCAGAGGGGGAGGGGGUUGCACACUCUGACCUUGCACAAGUCCCUGACUCCCCCUGUGCUCAAAGGACAAUCCUGCAGUGGAUGAUCUUGCACAAUCUUAUCUCCUGGAGGGUCUGGGGGCUCCACCCAGGAGUGUUUCCCCAAGGACACGCAUUCUGCAGGCUCUUUCCUCUGUCUCUCCUGUUCAAGGCGGGCUGGUAAGGCCCUGGUCUCACACUGGAGCUUCCCUCCAUCUCUCUUAUGGCCCAUUGGACCAGCCCCUGCUCUGUCCUGCCCUGGGCCACCCAGGGUUCUUGUGGAAUGCCAAGAAGACCGCAGGAUGGGUGUUCCUGCCUCACACACUCUCCUUUCCCCUUUGUCACAGAAGAAGCAGCACUUGAACUCAAAUUUAAGGAUUUCUCCGUGUGAUCCCACCAGCACUGAACUGGGAUCUUGGAGGCCAGGGGCUCCAGGACCUGCCCCAUCAAGCACAGACCAUUUCCCCUCUGCUCUCUCCAACCACAGUGAUUCCUUGACCUCCCCCAGCUCAUCUGCCACCAGCCCUUGUUCCAGGCAUUGUGGCUGGAGUGAGGGGAUUCCUCUGCAUCUCUGCAUCAUGAAAGACAGGAGUAUCUCUAUUGAUUUGGUGGGGGAAGGGGGGGGUUGCCUUUUUUUGGGAAAAUUCCAUCCUGCUGGCUUGCCUUGCUGGAGGGUAAAUGGUACAUGUGUGUGUGUGUGUGAGACCCUGCCCAGGACAGUCCCUGCUCCCUGUGAAUGUGGCUGAGCCCUGCACAGCCAGGACUGCUGACUGUGAUGAGGAGAGGUUCCCAUCCAUCCUGUGUGACCUGUGGAACUCAAGGUGCAGCCAAAAGUGCACAGAGACCUCAGCACCCAGUGGCACACAGCCAUGGGGGUCUGCAGGAGGUGUCUCCCCCCCCAGGCCUGUCUUGGAGAGGUUUCUGCACUCAUUCCUCAGCUGGUUUGGCUGGAGAGGCUCUCUGUGUGGGUGUGGGUGUCUCUGGGAAGUGUUUGGCUGUAGCCUGGUGUUGGAUCUGUCUGCUCUGAGAUCUCCAGUGCCUGCCCUGAGCCCUCCCUGCUGCCAUGGCUGAAGGGGGCACCCAGGGUCAGACCUGCCUUGCCUUUGCUCAACACCUCCCUGUGUGCAGGCUGAAAGGGCCUGUUCAGUACUCCAGGGCUGAGUGGCCAGUCCUGGAUGAUGCUGAGCCUCCCUUGCUGCUGUGUCCAGCAGCCUCAAGGCUCUCACAGCCCAUGGAGGGAGGGAGGUGGUGCUGGGGCAUUGCUGUCCUGAGGCAGGGGGUUUGAAGGGAGGAGAGCCCUGAUUUAGGAAUAGCAUUCUCCAAUUUAGUGCUCCCACUAAAACCGUGCACCACUCACAUCCCCAUCCCCAGCAGGGUGGAGAGGGGAAUUGGAGGCACAAAAGAUGAAGAUCACAGGUUGAGUUAAGAGCAAUUUACUGGAAACAAUAGUGAGAUAAAAGACAAACACUAAAACAGCAGCAAUGUUUAUAACAGAAGUAUAGAAAAGAGAGAAUGAUUCACAUGCAGAGUGCUCACCCUGACCUGACCACAGCCAUGUUCUACUGACCAGAGUAGACCUCUCCUCUGAGGAGAAGAAAUGGAUCCUGCCCUGUGUGUCUCCAUGGCAUCAGUACAUUGUGGUAAAGCCUUACACUGCUGUGGAUCUGCUGGGCCAGCCUUGGAUCCACAGCCCAGCAGAGCCCAGUGCUGCUCUCCCCCCCUAGCUGCAGGCAGGGCCCCUCUGGGUGCUCACUGCUCACUCCUGCAGCUGUGAAGGUGCAUUCAGGAGGAUCAGAAGUGACAUUAGCCCUUUGAUUCUGGCUGAGCACGUGCUCACUGCAAGCUGGGCUGGCAUUUAUCCCUGAAGAAUCCCUGCAGUUGUUGUUUUUCCUCUCAGCUCACACAGCCAUGGUUCUGGGACAGAGGUGGGUUUUCCUCCCCACUUCCUCCUGUCCUCUCUGUGCUCAUGCAGGUAAAACCAUAGGUUGCCUUGUGGUGUGUCCCCUCUCUCUAGAGGGGGCCAGUUGCUCCCAGCAGCAGAGGCUCUGGUCUGUACUGGUGUGACAGGGGACAGUCCAGAGUCCUGGACUGGAGGAUCAGUCCAGUCCUAAACUGGACCUGGGCUGGUCCAGUCUUAGACAGUCUUUUUACACAGCUGAGACACAGGUUGGUAGGAAGGAAGAACAAUGAUCUUCAUCAUCAGUGUGGGGAGUCACCUUUAACACUGUUCUGUUCAGAUCUCUGAAUAACCUCCCCAGAAAUCUGUUUCUUGACUCCAAAGAUUAUGUGGACUGCACUAAGGACACCUGGCAAAAUUAUGAUCUCCUUAACAUCCAAAGGGAAUUCAGGGCUUCAGAAGCUGUUUUAACAGACCUCAAGGGAGAAAAGUGGGUGAAAGUCUGGGGAAAAUCAUCCUCCCCUGUUCCCUCAUGGGCUGAUCAUGACUGUUAUUCAUGGACUCCCAGAGGAAGUGCCCCAGGUAGGGAUAGAAGAGCAACACUCCAGACAUCCCAAAUGACCCUUGAUGUUAUCAUGUCAUAAACAGAGCAAUCCUGAUCCCCCUCCCUGCUCUGAGACAGGGGCUGUGAUGGGAGCAGACAGAAAUAGGUGCAGGGUCAGGUACCCACAUGGGCAGAGCAGGCAGUGUUGUCACCAGUGGCUCAGUACCUAAUACAGAAAAUGCUGAGAUCUAAUUUGUUUCCAACCCACUCUGGGCAGAUCUGUUGUUAUCUCAACUGUUCAAGCCCUACCUUGGAUGCCAAAAAAAACCUGUUGUGGUUUAGGACUGGUAUUCCCCAAUUUGGUGUUCUCACUACAACUGUGUGCUGCCACAACCCCCACCUCCUUCCCUCCCUGUGGUGGGAUGGAGAGGAGGAUUGGAGGCACAAAAGGCAAAAAAAAUCACAGGCAGAGAUAGGAACAAUUGACUGGAAACAGCAAUGAGAUAAGAAAAAUGAACAGCGACAAUAUUAAUAACAAAAGUGCAACAAUAUUGAUAACAAAAGUGUACAAAAGAGAACAAAUCACGUGCAAAUGCUCACCACAGUGUUACCCUGAUUGGAAGAGUCCCUUCCCCCUGCCCAGCAAUGAUGUGAGGUGGCCUAAAAGAACCUCUGGGCUCUGGCCAUGUCCCCUCCUGGCUACUGCAAAAUUUAACUCUGUCCUGGCUGGAACCAGGCCAGGGGUGACUGUGAUCCCAUAGCUCUGUGUGUGUGUGUGUGUGUGUGUGUGUGUGUGUGUAGCUCUUAGUUCCUGUGUGGGUUGAUGUUUCUCAUACAGAAGAGCAUUUCUUGCUGUUGAUCUGGUUUAGCUACCUCACGGUGCAAGCUGGGUGCUGUUCUCAUUGGGUUUCCUAUUGGGGAUGGGGUGGGGAGUUUGUGGUGUAAGAAUUUUUUUUUUUAUCUCUUAAUUCUUGUUAUUGUUAUGGUUUUGACACUUGAAUUCAUCCUGGGGACACGUGGCCUCGCUCCCACCUUGCUGCAUGUCUGAGCCACCCCCUGUGUUCCCUGCCUACUCCUCCUGGACAGGGAGCAGGGCUGGGGUCCCUGCCCCAGCUCCCACCUUUGGGAUCCCCCAGAGCAGUUGCAACACCGAGAUUGUGCUCCCAUUCCUCGUGGGAUUCUGAGGAUCUGUGGUGUUGCCAUUGGUGAUUGGGUUGGUUGGCAGCCUGGAUGUGGCUCCCUUCUGGUCCCGUGGAAAGGGGGCUCAGAAAGGUUCAGCUCAGCCCAAAUUCCUCCCCCUGCUCUCACAGAUACUCUGUGGACAUGAUGGAGCUCUGGGCUGGGAGGUGUCUGUGCAGAGCACAUUGCUGGGGUGGGCUGGUUCCAGCCACCUCUGCCCAGAGCCUGCUGCUCUGAAAGGCUCAGCUCAGCCCAAAUUUCUCC